CCUGCGUAAGUCAUUGGCGCCAAGAUGGCGAUGGAGAUGAGGCUUCCAAAGGCUCGCAAACCUCUCAGUGAGAGCCUGGGCCGCGACUCUAAGAAACAUUUGGUGGUACCGGGAGAUACGAUCACCACGGACACAGGAUUCAUGCGGGGCCAUGGGACAUACAUGGGGGAGGAGAAGCUCAUUGCGUCUGUGGCCGGCUCGGUGGAGAGAGUGAACAAGCUGAUCUGUGUGAAAGCCCUGAAAACCAGAUACAAUGGAGAAGUAGGAGACAUUGUAGUGGGGAGAAUCACAGAGGUUCAACAGAAGAGGUGGAAGGUGGAAACAAAUUCCAGGCUGGACUCCGUCUUGCUCCUCUCGUCCAUGAACCUGCCUGGAGGGGAGCUGAGGAGAAGAUCUGCGGAGGAUGAACUGGCCAUGAGAGGCUUCUUACAGGAAGGAGACCUCAUCAGUGCGGAGGUCCAGGCAGUGUUCUCCGAUGGAGCUGUUUCCCUCCACACAAGGAGCCUGAAAUAUGGAAAGCUAGGUCAGGGAGUUUUAGUCCAGGUCUCUCCUUCCCUGGUGAAACGACAGAAGACUCACUUCCAUGACUUGCCAUGUGGUGCUUCAGUGAUUCUGGGUAACAAUGGUUUCAUCUGGAUCUACCCUACACCCGAGCACAAAGAUGAGGAUGCUGGAGGCUUCAUUGCAAACCUGGAGCCCGUAGCCCUUAGCGAUCGAGAGGUGAUCUCCCGGCUUCGGAACUGCGUAGUCUUGCUGGUAACUCAGAGAAUGAUGCUGUAUGACACCAGCAUCCUGUACUGCUAUGAGGCCUCCCUUGCACAUCAGAUCAAAGAUAUCUUAAAGCCAGAAGUAAUGGAGGAGAUCAUGCUAGAGACACGCCAAAGGCUUUUGGAACAGGAGGGAUAAGGCCAGGUGCUGAAGGAUGAAACUGUGCGCCUCUCUGGCGCAGCCCCUGGAGGGAAGAGUCUAUAUGUGAUGACUCUUGCCCCACAUGUGGCCCAGGGAGGAUCUGACAGAGACAUUACUCACCUGCAGUGGCACAGCAGGGCCGGGCCUCUUCUUUCCUGUUCUGAGACAAAGCCAGGGUGGAAGUGAACGGUGGCUUUGGAUGCUCAGGUCCCUUUCAGAGCAAAGUGUCCCCGCCUGAUGAUGUAUCUUGGAGUAAACCGGAGAAUCCAUGUCUUCCAGUCACACCACACGCACUCCAUGAAACUGUUUCAGUGGAAAACAUGGUGGGCUGGGGAUAUAGCUCGGCUGGAGCACUUUCCUAACAUGUCCCAGCCCUACUCCUACCCCAGACAAAAGAAAACCAGCGAGAGUGGUCUGUUUGACGUCCACUCUAUCUCUAAUGCACAAGUGUGGUUGGAGAAGAGGAGGUAGAGUUAGGCCAGCAGUCAGUCAGAACAAAAUGAGCUGGCAGCCUUUGUUAGAAUCUGAUUCCCACUGUGUCCUCUGGUGACAGGUUCAAGGGAUCUGUAUCCUCUACCUGGGCUUCCUACCCCUUGUAUGUGAGCUGUUCCUGUUUUUCUAGCAUCUCGGCUCCUUCAAUAUGUCCACCAACAGGAACUGGCCUGGAGGCCUUUCCAAGUGCCUGCGAUAUUCCCUGAGAUAUUGGCAGUUUUCUCUGUAGUGCCUGUCCUGCCUGAGGGUGGUUUGUAAGAAUUUGAGCCAUUGCCAAUAACUGAGAGAAAGAGUGUUCUGGGCCCACAGUGUUUUUUUAUGCUCUAACAAAAAACAAAAAUGGAGUUGUGAAAAGCCAAGCCAUUUCCUUGUGUAAUUGAUGUGGUGAUGUAUUAUCUUUUGAAUAAUUUAAAGUUAAAAGAAACAAGAUAUAAGUUCUCAAUAUA